UGCAUUACGUGUUCUGACGUAGGGAGGCGGCGUCCUCGAUCCCCAGCUUGGCGUCUGGCUGCUCUCCCUUCCCGAUCCUCUCUUUUCGGCAUCUCAGCUGAGCUGCGGGUUGGUGAUUCAGCCAGUAAAGCAGGGAUGACUGCUGAAGUACUGUCGGAAGAGGUGAGCCGACGGAACGACACCGCACGCGUCACGUUAUCUGACGCAACCACUACUCAGGAGGUGAUGAGGAUUUCGGAGGAGGUGCGGGAGAGAUUCUUACGAGAGCACUCAGAGAGUAGUAUGUUUGACCCUCGCGACCUCCAGCGAGUGAGAACCGACCCUGAAUACGUUGCUAAGUUCACUCGGCAACAGCGUGGUAACCAUGAUAACACCAUCAACCAAAUGGUUGAAUCACUGAAGUGGAGACAUAGUUUCGGAGUAAACGACAUUCAGUUUGAGGACAUUGAAGAGUACCUGUGGCGUUCAGGAAUGGCAUUCAACCACGGCAUUGACAAGAGAGGGCAACACAUUGUUGUCCUCAACAUCAAAAUCCACAGAAAAGACUCUAAGAAGUCGGUUGCACUGCAGAAGUGGAUCUCCUUCUGUUUCGAGACCCUUAGGUCGGUCCACCCAAAAGGGAGGAUGUGUAUGAUAUUCGACAUGACUGGCAGCGGACUGGCUCAGAUGGAUAUGGAGCUAAUAAGAUUCAUAGUCAGCUGUUUCAAGCUCUAUUUCCCAGAUCUCCUGGGGUUUCUGCUGGUCUACAAUAUGCCGUGGAUUCUACAAGCUGCCUGGAAGAUUGUCCAGUCUUGGCUCUCAGAGGGAGCCGUCGCCAAAGUCAAAUUUGUAAACAGCGAGACGAUAAGAGAGUAUGUGAGUCCGGACCAGCUCCUGACUCAGUUUGGAGGGACGGAUCCCUGGGAGUUUGACUACGAGAGAGAGAGGGAAGUGAUGCUGGGUCAACUGCAGUCCGUCCUGCAGCGAGACCAGGGGGAGAGAGAGGAGAGGGAGAGAGAAGAGAGGGAGAGAGAAGAGAGGGAGAGGGAGGAGAGGGAGAAUAGUCAAAUGCAAUCAACUGAGGUCCAUUCCAGUGACGCGGAACAGAACCAGAGUGGCGACAGUCUGUCUUCAGAGGGUGGUGGUGAUCAGGGAGCGAAGGGAGGGAGGGGAGGAGGGAGGGGAAGAGAGGACGAAGGAGGAGAAGGCAGAAAGGUUCGGUUUUCUGCCAACCUUCCUCCGUCGCGACAGAGCAGGUAUGGUUUUGACGAGGAGAGAGAGGUGGAGAGGCGAAGAAUGGUCUCCCCCGAUGAUCAACAGCUGUUUCAGGGCUCUGCCGCCAGCAAUGGGUUCAGGAGGCGACAGGUGCACAAACUGAUGAGUCUCCAGACUGAGCAGAGGGGUCAAAGGUCGACUGACGCCACGGACACAAACCACGGAAUUGAUAAUCGGAGACAUUUGGAGCCGCUGCUUGGCUCUCUACCUUUCUCCUACAUGUUGUUGAGCCCAGUAAAUGAGCUGGUGUUCUCUGGACCUCGGGACAAGGAGCUGCUCUGCACUCUCUCACUGACCAAUACCUCACACGACUGCCCCGCAGUCUUCAAGAUCAAGACAACUGCUCCUCGCAGGUACAAAGUCCGACCCAAUCUCUCCCUCGUCCGGCCCGAGGCGAAGACAAAGGUUCAAGUGCUGCUGGUGGCUGGGUCACCAAGUGUCGCCAUCUCAGACGACAAGUUCCUGGUCCAGAUAUUCUCAUUCCAGCCCUCGGCGACCGUCCCGAGUCCAAACCAGCUGCCCUCCUUCUGGAAGUCUCUGUCAGAGAAAGACAUCACGGAACAUCGGAUGAGAUGUCGAUGGGUAAAGGAAGACAUGCCCUCCCUGGUCCCCUCUCCCACCGUCACCUCCACACCCCUCCUCCCCCAAACUCCACCCACUUCCACGCCUCCACCAGACACCCAGUCCGGGCAGCAGCGAGAACUACGCAGCAUCAAUGACAAACUGGAGAAGCUGGGUGGGGAUUUCCCGGGGAAUUCCCCAUCGCUGUACCCUCGCUCAGCCAUCAUGGCCCUCAGUUCACCAGGCAGCGGUCGUGUGUCAGUGGAGUCCAUCUCUGAGAAUGCGCUGGCAAUCAGACAAAGCCUCAGACUCCCUCUCCUCCUCUCCGCUCUACGGCAAAAGGGAGUUCUCUCCCACGACCAGCUAGAGAGGCUGGCCGACCCUCACUACUCUGAGAUCGAACGGUCCGGCUCUCUGCUGCAGUUCAUCACCAAACACACGCAGAGAGGAGUGGACGCGUUCGUCGACAGCCUGAGGGAGACGAGAUGUGAAGAACACGACAGAAUCCUGGAGCUACUGGAGGACGUGACAUCAGAGGGCCCCGUACGCUCACCGCUACUGGACAUCUUCGAUACGAAGAGAAGGGAGAUUGUGUCGCGGCUGAGUUUCACAACGUUCGUUAAUCAUCUGAUGGAGAUGGAGGAACUGACGAUGCACGAGAGGAUGGAAGUUCACAACCCUCACCGCUCGUCGGAAGAGAACUGCCUGGCGCUCCUCUCGCUGCUGGCUCAGAGACCAGGGGCACAGGGACUGCUCAAGUUCAUCGAGUGUCUCUACCAAGACCCCAACCCUAGUCAUAUGGACCUGGCCUCUAUUCUCCUUCAAGAAGCUGCAGUGGCAGCGAAGGAGCAUCCUCGUAGGAUGGACAUUCUACAGGGAGACAAGACGCAGCUGCUUCAGCUGGAGAGGUGGAAGGAGGUCGGGACUCCCGCUGAUGUCGGAUUCAAGACAAUGUUCAGGAAAAACGAGGCCACAUUGGCUAGAGGGUUGAAUGUUGGAGCCAUACUCCCGUACCUGCUGAAAAAGAAGGUGCUGAUGGCAGAAGAGGAGAGAGAGAUCAACCAGCUGGCACCAGACGACCAGGCCCAGCGACUGGUUGCCAUGGUAGGGAGAAAAGGAAUGCGUACCAUCGCGGCUUUCGUCGAGUGCCUGAAACAGAGCAGGGAGAACGAGAGGCUGUCGCAUCUUUUUGACGUGGCACAGACCAGAAGAAUGGCUCCGAAAUCAAGUACAGAGAAGACAAGUAGGUUAGCAGUGCUCGUGAGUAUGGACACAUUUCUCUGGUUGAAGAAUGACUACGUGGCGGAGGAGAAACACAUGAAGACUUACAGCAAAGAUUUUGAGGAUCAAAGAGAGGGGCUCAAGAGGUGCCUGUAUCGACUGGAGUUUCAGGUUGUUGAUUUCGGAGAAACCGUCUCUGAGAGGAGCAGGGCCAGAGACACCAGUGGGAAGUCUCCUUCCAUUAACACUCUAUUUGACAAGGAGGUGGCGUCUCGCUGCAACAAAGAUGCUGUUGUGUUCAUUUACAUUUCGGGCCAACAGUUUCCACUGAAGAUCUCUGGUAAAGAUGGAAGUGAAGACAAGUACAAUGGAGCUGUGCUUACAGACGGAGCCUCAAUUUUGAGCCGGAGAAAGUCUGAUUGUAUAGACAUGACUGACCUCAAGUACUGGGUGGAGCUCCUGCCAACAGACUACAUUACUUUCCUAGUGGACUGCCACCAGUCUCACGUGGUCUCGUUUGGCAAACAACGGCUGCCAUCAGAGGUGGAGAUAAUGAGCAGUCCUUGGUCUGCUCUGACUGGCUGCCAAGGAGUGGUCCUCUACUUCUGCCAGCCAGACCCCGAGACCAUGUGGAGACUGAGAGGCACAUUCAGAGAGGAUUAUUCUGUGUUUGGAAAACUGACCAGACUUUUUGUGAAGGUUCUGAUAUCGUGGAUCAGCAGGAGAAGAGCUCACAACAAUGAAAUCUCUCAUCGACUGUUCUACGAAGCCAUCUCUUUCCACUGGCACAAGAACGGCAGAGAGCACGAGCUGUUUGUCCCAGCUAUUCAGGGAGAUGUAGAUCGCUCAUUUCUAGGUAUUGCCUCGUACCCUUACCUCCAAGUCCUGCGAGCUGACCUGGUGCGGAACCAGAACCAGACCAGUGAUGACCGUUGUCCUUUCGACCUCACCAAACUGCAGGUUGCCACGGGAACGCACCUUGGACUGAUAGGGGACGACGAGCUUGAAGUGUUCCACAUUCUGUACCCGGAGGUAAAGGUCACGGGAAGGGUCACGAGGGCACACCCCCUGUCGUCAGUGGCUGAGAUUAAAGAGGAAGAGAGGGAAACGUUUGGUCGACUUCUUGCAAGUAUUGAAACAGAGGAAGGAAUGAAAAAGGAUGGGUCGACUGAGUUUGUGAUGGUCAGGAAGAAGUUCCCAGCUCACCUGAGGGAGAGCUAUGCCGUCAUCUGCAGCAGCGAACUAUCAGAGAGUGACAGAGAGACUAUCAAGAACUAUAUAAGGAACUAUUCGCAGUUGCUGUAUUAUGCCCUCAGGCCUAACAUUGCGCGGCUGGAGGUGAAAAAGACGGGUCAGUUUUUCACGGUUGAGGAUCGCGAGAAGAGGAAGGAGGGAGAUACUCUCGUCCCGGUCAACGACAUUCCGUUCAGACCCCGCGUCAAGACCAUUCAAAACGUCAAGUCUGUGUUGGAGAUCAUGGCGUGGUUCAAACACGUCAAGAACCUUCGAUCGCAGACAGACCUCAACCACUUUCUGUGCUACCUCGUCUGUGAACGACCUCUUCUCACGAAAUCCUCAGCCAGUACCGACGAACACACGCUGAAAGCCAGCUCCCAAACGGGACCACACCCACCCAGUGAAGCCAUACUCCAUUUCUCGGACCAGCCCAAGUUCUGGUGUCCGACGAAGGCCGACGACGCCCCCACUCUGGAGGUGAAGUUUCUCGAGAACAGGGUGGUUACGGCAGUGGAGCUGCGGGGAGACCCUGACGGCGGUGGCCAUAUUGAGCACGCUCAGAUCAACUACAAGAAGCUGGUGUUUGCCGAAAACUGCAUCGCCCCAUCUCCCAAGGAGUUGAAGAAAAUCCCGAUAGAAAGGGGCGGAGCCUGGUACGUGACAAUCACACCCCUGGAGUGGGACAAGGGGGCGGAGUUCUGCGUUGCUUUGAGGAUACUAGUCUCCGUCCCUCAGGAGAGAGGAAAGCCAAAGACUGAGGGCCUGAGUUCUAUGUCAGUGAUGCAUUGGAACUACAUUUACAAGAAUGCUGGCUGGACAAUCACACCAGAGCCUGUUGUUGAUCCACAAAAUGGAUAUGGAAUGCUGAAUCUCAGUCGACUGGAAAACAUGCUCCGGUGGAGUGGGCGGGGCUCACAGGCACUGACCUUUGACCUUGGAGACGAGCAACAUGUGGAUGCAAUAGAAAUUACAUGUGUGCCAGGGACGAAGCCGAUCCAUAGGUUCAGAGUAGAACUGACCACAAAGUGGCUGUCGCAGAGUCUGAGUCCAUUCACCACCCCCUGGCCGACCAGGCAGGACCUCUCUCCUCCUCUCGUGGUGUCCAACCUUCAGCUGUGCCCUCCUUCCACUGACUUCAGAGCCCAGAUCCAGCUCUACGGCAACACACACGAGAAGAGCGUGUUUGCUGAGGAAGGAGACAUCCUUCAGCUCCGUUUUGUCAACUACACCAAACAGAUUCAGUUUGUCUAUCUCUUCUACCUUGAGGAGACUGGGAAGAUAGAGAUAGUCUUUGCUGAUGUUGUUCAGGCUAAAAAUGGACUCAAAAAACUGAUAAGAGUUUACAUACCAGAAGGAUAUGAUCCGGUACCUAAGAGGCUGAAAGACCAGUACAGAGUGAUAGUUAGCCCCAAGAAGAUUUAUUUAGAGCCAUUCAAACAAUUGGGACUACACGAGUAUCUCGGAGUUCGCGCUUACAACCCUUGCUACAUCGGUCGUCGGACCGACAUAGGGAAGGAGGAACAGUGGUAUGAGUAUAAGUUUGAGGUGACAGUGAGGAAAGGAGCUGGCGGCCAUCGCUGACUGACUGCUGCAGGCAGAGGGGGGGGGGAGAGAUUUCACACACUGCCUUGCAAAACAUGACGCUCAGCCUAAUUGUGAAAAUGGAGCUGAGCUGAUGCAGCACGGCACACAGCUACUCUGGAAUAGUGUAGAGUUAGUGAUAUGAUCCCCUUCAGAAAACAGACUUCCUCCGUAGCAUUGCAGACUUGAUGAAGUUCAAAAUGUUACCAGCAUUUGCAACGAUCGUGCUGCCAGCAUACCGUAUGUAUG